CCACCUCCCUUCCUACCGAGGCAGUGCUUUGACAAUCCUCCAAGAGUCAACACCCACAUUGCUACACAGCCUGUGUUUACUGUGUUACUACUCCUUAUUAUCUUUUGAAGUCAGACUAAUUUGAUGAAUAUGAAUCCUCAUUGUGCGCGCUGUGGGAAAAUUGUUUAUGCCACAGAGAAAGUCAACUGCCUGGAUAAGUAUUGGCACAAAGGAUGCUUCCACUGUGAGGUCUGCAGGAUGACUCUCAACAUGAAGAACUACAAAGGCUAUGAAAAGAAGCCCUACUGUAAUUCGCAUUAUCCAAAGCAGUCAUUCACCAUUGUUGCAGAUACUCCUGAGAACCUUCGACUGAGACAGCAAAGUGAGCUUCAGAGUCAGGUGAAGUACAAGAAAGACUUUGAGGAGAGCAAAGGACGAGGCUUCAAAUUUGUGAUGGACACUCCUGAGCUGCAGAGACUACGACGAGCCCAGGAUCAGAUCAGUAAUGUGAAAUACCACAAGGACUUUGAGGUGAUGGGCCCACAAGGAGUCACACAUGGUGUUCAUGCGCCUUACCUUGUGCGUGGCCAGCUGCGUCAAAACGUCCAAACAGAAAAUACAGGGCACAAGGGUGUGCACCAGUACAUAGUGGAGAUGGCCCGGAGGCCUGGUGUCAUCGUAGCUCCUGUGCUGCCAGGCGCUUACUACCCCAGUGGACAUGUCCAGGGGCACAGCUACAUGCACCAGACCAGCAUGCACUCCUUACGGUCCCUGCAGCUGUUGUCUCACCUUGGUGUUAUCUUGCCACAGAGUGUGUACAGAGCCCUCUACGAUUACGUGAGCCAAGACACGGAUGAGGUGUCGUUUCGGGACGGUGACAUCAUCCACAGCGUGCAGCCCAUUGAUGGGGGUUGGGUGUACGGCACGGUGCAAAGGACUGGCAGGUCUGGGAUGCUCCCUGGUAACUACAUAGAGGGUCUCCACUAAGGCUUACCAAACUAACUCGAGGCCUGGUACACAUUCAAGUUGUACAACUGUUUUGAUACAACAAUUUGUCUGCACAAAAAUAAUUAAAGGCCUCAGUUCAAUCAGAUCGAGCGUAAAAACCCUCAUUGGCCAACAUCCGCAUAGUGUAUAACUGCGGUAUGAGAUGACAAAUCGGUGAGCAGCUGCUUUUGUGUCACCAACCACUCCCUUUCUUAUUAUCCCUACCGCGUUAGAAGUUCAAAACAGUGAUUGAAAAUGUAGGCUCUAUCGAUUUAUAGAAAUAUUGACAGGGGCUAAUGCAUGUUUUCAUGUUCAUUUUGAUGGGGGGAUUUAUAGCCUAUCAGUCUAGUCAAGGUGUAGACAGUAGAACAUCACACAUUCAAGUGUUGGAAUUUGUAACAUGAUAUAAAGUUGGGUGUGGUUUCAUUGCAUCAAAUGUCAGUGUCCAGGGCCUCCCGACCGGCGCAGUGGUCUAAGGCACUGCAUCGCAGUGCUAGCUGUGCCCCUAGAGAUUCUGGGUUUGAUUCCGGGAGACCCAUGGGGCGGUGCACAAUUGGCCCAGCAUCGUCCGGAUAAGGGGAGGGUUUAGCCGGCAGGGAUGCCCUUGUCCCAUCACGCACUAGCGAAUCCUGUGGUUGGCUGGGCGCAGUGCACGCUGACACGGUCGCCAGGUGUAACGGUGUUUCCUCUGACACGUUGGUGCGGCUGGCUUCCGGCUUAAGUGGGCAUUGUAUCAAGAAGCAGUGCGGCUUGGUUGGGUUGUGUUUCGGAGGACGCAUGGCUCUCGACCUUUGCCUCUCCCGAAUCCGUACGGGAGUUGCAGCAAUGAGACAAGACUGUAACUACCAAUUUGGAUACAAUGUUAUUGGGGAGAAAACGGGGUACAAAUAACAUUUUUAAAAUGUCAGCGUCCGCGAUAAGGUAACACAAAGAGCGGGUUUGACAGCUCUAACGCCACACCACCAAAAUAACCGCUAUGCGGAUGUUGGUUUCGCUAAUGAUAGAAUCUAGCCCAACAGUAGUUGUGCAACCUGAGUGUAUACCGGGUCUUACUGAGAGCAAUAUGUAGAUAAGAUGCACCAUGACACUCGAAGCUUAACACUCAAUGCUGAGGAUUUACAUCAGAAUAGACAAGUGGUAUUAGCAAUUGAAAUAAUGUUUAUAGAAAUGUAUGAAAAAGUAAAGAUAAAAAUUCUGUACAUGUUUAAAAUGAAUGUAACUGUCAUUGUGUGAUCGUAUAUAAAAUGUUCUAUUCACAGCAGUGUGUGCACUACAAAGAACAUGUUAACAAUGAGUGUUCCAUCUUCAAAUCUAAAGUUGUAAACAUGACAAAAUUCCAGUACGUAAUGUCAAGCUACUGUAUGCAACCUGUCACUUGCACGUCUUCGAUUCAAAUGCAGGCAAUAGGUUUGCAGCUAAAUGUUUAAAAAAUGUGUUAAAUGUAUUAACAUGAAGAAGUACAUUUUCUUGUUUAAUAGUUUCCAUACCUUAAAAUAAAUGAAAGAUGACUGGCUGCAAUACACAA